UUAGGCCGGGUUGAUGUUGACCAUGUGAUAACAAGGAAAAUGCAGCUAAUAGCAGAAGCUGAGCAAUUGAAGCCAGCUUUUAUGAAGGAAGUGGACAGUCACUUCACAGAGUUUGUGAACAGUUUGGUGGCAAAAUCAGCGCUCAUGGAUUCGUCAUCUUCAGCCCCCCUCUUCCCAGCUUCCUGUGCAGAGAAGGAACUGCAUAAAGCCAAGACCUUGAGGGCCCCUCCAGAACAUGGGAAGAUCUUUACUGCCAGGAGGUCCCUCUUGGAUGAGCUGUUUGAAGUGAGUCACAUCAGGACGAUCUACCACAUGUUCAUCGCGCUUCUCAUUGUCUUCAUCCUCAGCACACUUUUAGUAGACUUCAUUGAUGAAGGAAGGCUGGUCCUAGGAUUUGAUCUCUUGGUCUUUGUUUUCGGAAAGUUCCCAGUCGUCUUCUGUACUUGGCUGUGCAUGUUCUGUGCCACGGUUAUCAUUCCAUACCACCUCUUCGUCUGGUGGGCCCAAGGGUAUUGCAGUUCCUCCCAUCGUGUAAUCCACUCUCUCUUCUAUGGGGUGUUGUUCACGCUCUACCAGACAGCUGGGCUUGGAUUUGGAAAUACUGGAACAGAAAGCAACUGUCUUUGUUCUGUAGUCAGAACGCUACUGAAAGUGGAAUUUUCUUUUCUGAGGGAAGGAGGGGAAAGAGCACAAGAAUAUGAAGGACUGGUUCGUCUCAUAAUGAAGGCUCAUUCAUUUGUCCGGGAGAACGUACCCAGAGUCCUGUCCUCUGUAAAGGACAAGUCCAGCACAGUACCUAUUCCCAGAAUUUCUCAGUACCUGUACUUCCUCUUUGCUCCCACCCUCAUCUACAGAGACAACUACCCCAGGAAUCCCACGAUAAGAUGGGGCUAUGUAGCUACCAAGUUUGCACAGGUGCUUGGUUCACUCUUCUAUGCCUACUACAUCUUUGUGAGACUUUGCAUUCCUCAGUUUCGCAACAGUAGUCAAGAAACCUUCAAUCUCCGAGGGCUGGUUCUCUGCAUCUUCAACUCCAUCCUACCAGGUGUGCUGAUUCUCUUCCUGGUUUUCUUUGCGUUCCUUCACUGUUGGCUUAACGCGUUUGCUGAGAUGCUGCGCUUUGCAGACAGAAUGUUCUACAAGGACUGGUGGAACUCCACUUCCUAUGCAAAUUACUACCGAACCUGGAACGUGGUAGUGCAUGACUGGCUGUAUUACUAUGCCUACAGGGACUUCCUUUGGUUUUUUGGUAAGAAGUUCAAAGCGGCAGCCAUGCUCUCUGUCUUCACAGUAUCGGCUGCUGUGCAUGAAUACGUUCUGAGCAUCUGCUUUGGCUACUUCUAUCCAGUUCUCUUUUGCCUCUUUAUGUGCUUUGGAAUGGUCUUCAACUUCAUCCUUAAUGACCGUCGGAAGGGGCCCAUCUGGAACGUGAUCAUGUGGACGUCGCUCUUCCUGGGCCAAGGUGUCAUCAUUUGCCUCUACAGCCAGGAGUGGUACGCCCGCCAGUACUGCCCUACGGAAAAUCCCACGUUCCUGGACUACUUAAAACCACGCUCAUGGUCGUGUCAUGUGAAGAUGUAAAAAUGAUAUGCUCUGGCCGUGUCAUCGCAGAAAAUCAGAGUUGUCCUCCAAGUAUUUGGACCAAUGACCUAACUCAUUAUGGACUUUUUCUAAGGGAAGUUGUGCCUCCUGAUUGCUGGGGAGAAACUGUAUUUUUUUUUUUUUUAAACGUUACUGAGGCAAACCAGUUGACCUGGAUUGCAACAG